GCUGGCAGGCUGUCAGGAAAAGUAGUAUUCAUCACUGGAGCUGCGCAGGGCAUAGGAAGAGCUUCGGCGUUGAAAUGUCACAGUGACGGUGCUCGAGUCAUAGCCACAGACAUGAAUGGAGAGAAACUGGCGGAGCUGAAGCGUGAGCAGCCAGCCAUCGUGACCGACACUCUGGAUGUUACUCGUCGGGAGGACGUGGAGCGUCUCUUGCGGGAGAAAUACAGCGACACUAAUGUCCUCUUCAACUGUGCAGGGUAUGUGUUUCAUGGAACUCUGCUGGACACGGAGGAGAAGGACUGGGACCGCUCCUUUGAUAUCAACGUGAAGAGCAUGUUCUACACGUCUAAAACCUGUAUUUCAAUGUGGAAGGAGAAGGGUUGUGGAGGGAACAUCGUCAACAUGGCGUCAGUGGUGUCAAGCAUAAAGGGGGCGGAGUGCCGCAGUGUCUACGGUGCCUCCAAGGCUGCCGUGAUCGGACUGACUAAGAGCAUUGCGGCUGACUACGUCCAGGAUGGGAUCAGAUGCAAUGCCAUCUGUCCAGGUACUGUGGACACACCGUCACUCAAUGACAGGAUAAGAGCCAUGGGAGACUAUGAAACUGCAAGUCUCGUCUCUCGAGUUAUGACUCAUCUCCAAUUUGUAUUAUGAUUCUAACAGAACCGUGCCAAAUUUGUUGCCCGACAGAAGAUGGGUCGACUGGGGACUGCAGAAGAGAUAGCUUGUCUCUUGGUCUACCUAGCCAGUGACGAGUCGGCAUUUGUGACUGGUCAAACGAUGGUGAUUGAUGGAGGCUGGAGUGUUUGAUGGACCAAUAUAAUAGUAUGAGGGAUAUAUUUGUUAUCACCAAUAUGAAUGCAGUCCUGUUUGUUAACAAUUCAAUUUUUUGCUGAAAGCCGUCCAGAGUUGUAUUAAAUUGGAUAGC